AAUCUUUCCGGUGGCGCUAAGGUAGCACAAGGACAUGGCAUGAACCAAAGAGUAAAGUAAUCAUACUUAGACGUUACUGACCUGACGGAGUGAAGUGCGCAGUCGGUGAUUUGAAUUUUUUACAAAGUCAAAAAUUAGUUCGCUAUGUAUUGUGGCGCAACCUAUUUAAGGUUUUUUGAUGGACACUUUUCAUACACAUAGAUUGUUCUCCUUAUCUCUAUCCUCCAUAGGUUAUUAGUUAUUAGGCUUUUUAGUCGGCAAUGUAUCAAAAAAUCACGCUCGGUUUGUUACAAGGUCUGUAGAGCCCUAUAAUUUGUCCUGUACUGUGCGCUCGGAUAUCGAUAGAAGAUCUUGAGAUUUGUUGAAUAUCACGAUGUCUGAUAUAUUUUUAAUGUUAUUGAAACACGUUUCUUGUGAUAAUAAACUAUUCUAAUUUAAGGUAAUUAGGUACAUCUCUUUUACUAGAACACAAGAACUUGAGUGUAUUGUGGAACCAUCGUGUAACUAGUUAGUUAAAUAUUGGUUAAAUAGUUAUAUCUGAACGGUACCCAAUUUAACCGUCAUUGUCAAUGUCACUGUCAUGUCAUGCUUCCUUAGCCUUACCCCUUUCCACAUGAUGCCGCUCAAAACAAAUACAUUUAUACAUUUCACUGAACAUACAAAAUGAUUUUAGAAUACGUGCUCAAAUACCACCUCCAAGAUUGUAUCAAUAUACUUACGGAAGAGGACAUAUUAGCAUUCUAUAGUAUAAAAAUUGAUUUUUUAAAGCUCUUCGAGAUAUAUCCUGAUAUAGGCGAUAAAAUACUUUGUAGUCCAGUAGAUAGUCUACCACAAUGCCACGAAGACAUAAUAAAGGCGCAACAAUAUGUACUGGAACAAAGCGAAUAUAAAUCUAUCAUCGAAAAGCUACCUCAUUGCUUUUUGAAGAAAAACGUCCACGCUCGUAUCUUUGGACUUCCCGUUUGCCCUGAGCUCCAUCGGACAAUAUUUCCCAAAAAUGUGGACUUAGGCUGCUUUUUGAAAGUUACUGGGACAAUUGUAAGAGUAACACAAGCUAAAAUGUUGGAAUAUCAACGCAAGUAUGUUUGUGUAAAAUGCAAGUUUGAGAACUGUGUGCAAGCAGAAUUUGAGCACAGGUAUGUUCUGAAAGCUCCUUCGAGAUGUGGCAAUAAUCAGGUCAAUAAAGCCAGGUGCACGAGCUCAACAUUCACACAAGUUAACUUAGUCUCCAGGGAGUACUGCAAAGAUUAUCAGGAAAUUAAAAUUCAAGAGCAGGUAAAUAAACUUGGCAUAGGCACUAUACCAGGUUCCAUGUGGGUUGUGCUGGAGGAUGACCUGGUAGAUUCCUGCAAACCUGGAGAUGAUGUUCAUAUCUGUGGAACAGUGCGUCGCCGCUGGCGUCCUGCCAUCCAAGCCAAGCAGUCAGAGGUAGAAUUGGUACUACAGGCUAACUACCUCGAGGUUUGCAAUGCCCAGAAGUCAGAGGUCCUAGCAGCUGCUCCUGAUGUCAAAGAGUGCUUUGAUGAGUUCUGGGCAAAGUAUGGAGCUUGCCCUCUGAAGGGCAGAGACCAGAUUUUGAAGUCAGUGUGUCCACAGGUAUAUGGCUUAUAUUCAGUAAAGCUGGCCCUACUGCUGACCGUGCUCACGGGCGCGGGCGCAGCGGACGCGGAAGCGGGGGCAGAGGCGAAAAGCGGCGCGGGAGACGACAACAUCACGCGCGUGCGUGGUCAGUGCCAUCUGUUGCUGGUGGGAGACCCAGGUACGGGAAAAUCGCAGCUGCUGCGUGCGGGCGCUACGCUGGCGGCGCGCGCCGUGCUGACCUCGGGCGCCGGCAGCACGCGAGCCGGCCUCACCUGCUCGGCGCUCAGGGAAGGAGGCGAGUGGCAGCUGGAAGCAGGCGCGUUGGUGCUUGCCGAUGGGGGAGUGUGCUGUGUAGACGAGCUGGCUCAGCUAAGGCCCCACGACCGCGCCGCCGUGCAUGAGGCUAUGGAGCAACAGACUGUGUCCGUGGCCAAGGCAGGGAUCGUGUGCAAGCUGAACACGCGCUGCGCCGUGGUGGCAGCGUGCAACCCGCGCGGCCGCUACGAGCCAGCCGAGCCGUUGCACCACAAUGUGGCGCUGGGGACCCCUCUGCUCAGCAGGUUUGACUUAAUUUUCAUUCUUCUAGACACGAAAAAUAAGGCUUGGGACAAGCUCGUCUCUUCGUAUAUAUUAUUUGGCGGCGCUCAGACCAUUGAUAGCAAAAAACAAUGGAGUAUUGAAAAACUGCAGAUGUACAUCGGGCUCGUAGGAGGCGUUCGCACGGAAAUGACAGCGGCGGCCAACACGGUGCUGCGCGCCUACUACAUGUCGCGGCGCCGCGCGCCCGCGCGGGAGCCCGCCCGCACCACGGUGCGGAUGCUCGACAGCCUCGUCAGACUAUCUCAGGCGCACUGCCGGCUAAUGCGGCGCGCUAGCAUCCUGCCGGCGGACGCGGUGGCGGCCGCGGCGCUGCUGGACCUGUCCAUGCGGGACGGCGCGCUCGCCGACACCAGCGACGCGCUGCACGACUGCUUCCACAAGCACCCCGACUUCCACUACCUCUGCACCGCCCGCGCGCUGCUCACCGAGCUGAACCUCCCCGAGAUCUGGCAAAACGAACUCUUGUCCUACGCCAAACUGCUCCAAGUCGAUCAUAAAACUCUAGAAAGCGAAAUAGAAAACAAAAGUACAAAGCUCUUCGAAAAAUUCGACGACGUCUCCGAUGAUAAUAUCCCGUUAUCCUCGACUUUAGUCACGAGCUCGUAUUUUAAAAAGAAAAACGAUGACCAUGUGGAUUUUGUAAAUAGCGAUACUGACGGUCGACCCGUAUUCGAUACUGGGGAUAAUGUGAAUGAAAAGUUUGCAGCGACUUUGAAGAAACAUGCGGCGCUUAAUAAACUUGAAAGAAAACCACCACUAGUGCAGAAACCAAGGAAAAGGAAGAGGAAAGAAAAUUUAAAAAAUCUAAAAUUAGGUAAAAGGAAAAUCGAUAACUCUUUAAAAAAUCAUGUCCUUGGCAAUAUUUCUGACAGCGAUUCAGAAGAACAAAAUAGUACAGUUAAUUUGAAUGGUGUCCCCAGUGUAAAUGAUAUUUUCAAUGAAAUUGGUAUAGAUUUUAACUUUGAUGACAGCGGAAAAAGCAAUAAAGUAAUAGAAAAUAGCAAGAUUUCAGCAGACGGGAAAGCAGAGUCACGCAAGGCUGAUGUAGAUAUUAAAGUAAUACAGAAUAAAAAAGACAAAUCAAGUAAAUCAUUAGUCGAAAACAAAGAGUGUGAAAUAAAAUCUAUCAGUACACUAAGUCCUAAUACUUCGUCAAAUACUCUGAGCAAAUUAAGACAAUUCCAGUGUGUGGAGACACGUGAUAUAAGUAAAUAUGAAGAAAAGGUAAACACAAGCAAAGUACAUAAAGAAAAUGAAGUAGUUCUUAAAUUGGAGAAUGUGUCUGAUUCAAUACAUAACUCAAGUUAUGCAAGUAAGAAAUCUGUUACUAGUUCUCAAAUGUCUAUAUUUGAAAGCUCGGAUUGUGAUAUAGAUUUAGAUAUAUAGGUAAAUAAAGAUAAAUCAUGUAUUUUAGUAUUUUUUUAAACUAUCAGUUUUACCCAGAAUAUGAAUGUUUUUUAAUAAAAUCUCUUUUUACAUUUACUUGCUGGUUAUCAUUAUAACAUUUAUAACCUAUGCUAUCGAUACAUAAUUAACGAUAACGAUUCCUCCGUUCAUUAAGUAACCAAGGUAUGCAUUAGUGAAGCAACGAAUAGUGCUUUUCUAAAUUUUACAAUUACGAAUUAUAGUAGUUCACCUCGAACUGAGAACUCGCGGUUCACGAAAAACUAUAUUACUGCCGCAAAUGUCAAAAAUCGGGCCGCGCCGCAGAAAUCGUUUUUGACAUUUGAGGCUGAUGCAGUCGGCAAAAUUGUCGCGCUGCAAUAUUGCCGCAAUAGUGCAGUUGCGGUCAGAAUCCGAAAGUCACCUUUACGUCCUUUCGCCCACCCUCAGGUCUCAAUUUCCAACUCAAUCAGACUAGCGAAAGUGAUACUGAUACAUUACCUACUAAUAUUUUAUAUGCCUCCUAAAACUCCCAGUUUGCGUGCCCAUCACAAUUGACCAAACAAAUUUAAUACGCUGAACUACAAACAUGCGUUUACCUAGUAAUUUUAUUUAAAUUAGAACAACUUUAAGUUAUUGCGUAAUGAACUCUGAUAGUUCGGUUCAGCGACAUGGCUACCAACUGCAUGUAUAACUUUUAUUUUCGGCUUUUUCCUUUACUUCUGCUAUAAGAUAUUCCUCGUGCCUAAUUUCAAGUUUUUACGAGAGCAAGAAUAUUAAGAGCCUCGGUAGAGAGUACCAUUUUGUACCAUUUGGCGUUGAAACUCUAGGUCCAUGGGGUCCUAGCGCGCACAAGUUUUUUGGAGAAAUCGCGAAACGUCUGGUUGACGUAACUGGUGACUGAAGAGCUGGCGGCUUCCUCGCACAACGUAUCAGUAUUGCGAUACAACGAGGAAAUGCCACCAGCAUCCUUGAUACAAUGCCUCAAGGACCUAUUUUAGAUAUAAGCUAGUUAUAGUAAUCAUCUGUAUAUCCAUUAUGUAUUUUGUUAUUGUAAAUAAAUACUUUUACCAAUGAUGAAUAUGAUGAUUUUUGUAUAAAGCAUGCGGCACAAACGAAAGUAUCUUUUGAUUGAUACCCUCAUGCGUUCUGAAAAAUAUUAUAGUCCAAGAUCCCAGAGCCGCCUGACCUUAAUUAUUUUCUCAUGAAUAAAAUGUAUGGGAUAAUUGAUGAUCAAAUAUAAUAUCGAUCGAACUUCACUUCAAGAAGUUCGUUUAAUCAUCAAUUAUAUUUCGUCACUUCAUUUUUCAGAUAUAAUUUUAUAUUAAGGGGCUGUCAACACCCAAUGUCCUUGAAAUUGAUGUUACUUAAACAGAUUUUUAAGAAAGACUAUUUGUUUUAGUCAAGUAAGAAAAAUAUAUGUUCAUAUUAAUUAUAUUUCAAAGACCGUAAUUGUACUCGAUACAUGAUUGAACGAAAUCGGCUCGAUAGAAAAUAAUUGCAAAGAUUGGUCUUAAAAUCACAAUUAAACGGUUCUAUGUCUUUAUUGUUUUGACUUAUGGGUCUGCAAUUAAAAUCACAAUUUCAAAACAUUUAUAUCUAAACCGCUGACGAGUAAAAUAUUACACUAAUAA